CGGCAACACAUGACAUUAAGGUCUAUAUAUGAUGCAAUAGUCAACGAAGACAUAAGCUGAAUUUAUUCAUGCCAGUAAAGAUGGAAGGUGCAUAUUUAAGAAGGAAAUCAUCAGAAAUAGAAUUGAGUGAUAUAUUCAAAGCAAUGUCAACGGCCAGUGAUCGAAAAAUGGAGGACUUUCCAGAUCAUUUUGAAAACUUACAAUCGUCAUCUGAGUCACAUGAGCGAACAUUUUUAUCACAGAAUCGUUCGUUUGAUAUGUUAAAGCAGCCAUCUGAACCAUACGAAAGAAUGUUUUCAUCACCACGUCGGACGAUGUCAGCACCUUCCCCCGUUCUCUUGGAUCAGAAUGAAAACAUACAAACAGAAUCACUUGCUGAUAAGACAGACAGACUCUCGAGCCUAGAAAAGAAAGUCUUGUCACAACAAGACGAGAUUGUUAUACUGAAGUCUGCUUUGGCAAACAUCUUGAGGAGGCUCGGAGCAGUAGAGGAAAGUGCAAAGAGACCAAAAGGUCGCAUGAUGCCAUCAAUACCCACAACAUCGUCAUCUAUUCAACCUGCUGCGCUUGUCCGUCCAUCUCGACAUUCAAUAAGUUCUGCCCCAAGAAGUAAUCGAUUAGAUGAAGAUACCAGUGAUAGUCUUGGUUACAACAUCAAUAUGGUUAAGGGCCUGCUGAAAUCAAUGAGAGCCAAGUCUCCUUUACCGCGUAGUGUGGAUAAAACCUCGGUGACAGUGACAACUGUUCCUACGACAACGGUAACCUCAGCGUCGUCAACAUCGAUAGCGUUAGAGUCUGUAACUGACCUAAAGACUAACGAAUUAAGAACUGGAAAUCAGCGGAAAACGUCAGUCGUAGAAAUGAAUACUGGACGUACUGAAAAUGCCGAAGCAAAAACAAAGGUUAAAUAUUCGAGUGAUUCAACAGAACAAAUUGUCAUCUCUCCCACCACCAGUCGUAUCAGUGUAAGUCCUACCCGUAGUUUUACUAAUCCUGGUAACACUGAUCAAGGAGAAGAUAAUCCUUGUAACAGUUGUAUUGGAGAUGACAUGACACCUUGUGACCCAGAUGCAAGUAAUAUGCUUGCUCGUGGGAUCACUUUUGAAAAAGAUGUGAAGCCUAUCGGUCMUKUUCGCGACAUCACUAAACCUAGUAACUCCAUUGUAAGCGUUGUACCUUCUCAAACACCGAAGGAUGACACUAGCAGUCCUCUCGCCAGUCCUGUUCAAGACGUGUUCAGCCCUGUUGACUCUAUACCAACUCCUGAACAUAUUCGUAAACAGAGCGAUGAAAAUGAUAGCUUAAAUAUAACAAGUCCAAGUCCYCUCGAUGAUUUCAACAACACGACGCGUACAAAUAAUUCAAGUUGCACAGAUAAAAGCCCUCGUUCCAGUCCUUCUGCAGAUAUCACAAUUUCAAGAGAAUCAGUAACAGCUACUGCGCGUGCGCGUGUGGUAAGUGAUAAAACUGAAAGCCGUCCUCGCAUAAGUGCACGUCAUCUAAGUGAACCUAAGCCAACCCUGACGCGGCGUGCAAGUGAGGCUGACUUGACAACCACCUCCAACAAACGCACAAGAUCCAAAACAGUUAGUAGUUCUACUUCCUUGAAAUCUCCUAGAAACUCCAUCAGGAAAAAGGGUUCAAAUCUUCAACGCCACUCAUCGACAAGCUCACUAAAUAUGAAAGUGGAUGAUCCAAAUUCGAAAGCACAACGAGAUGAKCCUACUCGUCUGUAUAUUCGUGGCCGCUCGCUAAACCUUUAUCCUCCAAGCGACUUUGUUGAAGACAAGAAUGUAGGGCUUCCACCGGACCAGACGUUGCAAUUAGAAUGGAUCUAUGGAUAUCGUGGAAGAGAUUGUCGUGACAAUCUUUUCUAUCUACCAACUGGUGAGAUGGUGUAUAAUAUAGCGGCAGUGGUCGUGCUGUUUAAUCAGGAGACUGGAURCCAAAGGCAUUACUUGGGUCACAACGAUGACGUYAAAUGCAUUGCUCUGCACCCAAACAAGCUUUAUUUGGCAAGUGGGCAAGUUGCAGGCCAUGACAAGGACGAAGGAAGGCCUCAUGUUCGUAUAUGGGACUCUACAACACUUGAAACCCUUCAAGUUCUUGGUAUUGGACACUUUGAACGAGCAAUAUCCUGUUUAGCCUUCACUGUCAAGGACAGCGGUCGGCAUCUUGUAGUGGUUGAUGAAUCUAAUGAGCACGCUAUAUCUUACUGGGACUGGCAAAAUAAAAAGAUGAUAUCUGAAAACAAGGGUUCAAGCGAUCCCGUCCUUAUGACAGUCUGUCAUCCACAUGACCAAUCGGUCAUCGUAUCUUGCGGCAAGUCACACAUUGCGUUCUGGACUGUGCUUGAGUCUGGUGGUCUAAUGAAGAAGAUGGGAGUCUACGGGAAAUUUGAAAAGCCUCGUUUUGUGCUGUGUAUGUGUUUUUUGAAWGAUGGGARCCUUCUCACAGGAGACUCGAAUGGAAACGUAUUGGAGUGGCCUCAAGGUACUAAUCAUAUUGGCAAGGCAGUUCUUGGAGCGCAUGAGGGACCARUAUUUUCUCUUUGUGCUUUGGAUGAUGGCGGCUUUUUGUCCGGUGGUGGACGCGAUAGGCUCCUUGUUCUGUGGAACGAAAGCUAUCAGGCUCUCAAGGAAAUCGAGCUUCCCGAGAGCGCUGGCCCUGUGAGAGCGAUAGCACGUGGCGUCGCCAACGAAGAUGGAGAAUACCAGAUAKCCGUUGGUACAACCAAGAACUCACUACUUACAGGAACGUUUGASAAUGGUUUGUCSUCUCUGAUCACAGGCCAUACUGAUGAGCUAUGGGGUCUUGCUAUUCACCCAACAAGACAUGUCUUCGUAUCCUGUGGUUAUGACAAGCAAAUAAUGCUUUGUAAUGCUGAAAAUCACACGGUUAUAUGGAAAAAACAGUUCGAGGAAUCGCUUCAAUCAGCUGCUUUCCAUCCAAAGGCCUUUGUUCUCGCCGUUGGUACUCAAAGUGGUAACUGGAUGGUUCUUGACACUAUUACGGGGAGUCAACUAGAAGCUUUUCACGACGGCCCCGAGCAACUUGAUGCUAUUAAGUAUUCACCAGAUGGAAAGUACAUUGCUGUUGGGUCUCAUGAUAACUUUAUCUACAUAUACACYGUUAGUGAGGAUGGACGGACAUAUCGACGACAUGGAAAGCUGUCUGGUCAUUCAAGCUUUGUUACGCAUCUGGAUUGGUCCAGUGAUAGUCAAUACAUACAGAGUAACUCAGGAGACUAUGAGAUUCUCUACUGGAACGCCCAUCGCUGCAARCAAGUAGUUUCAGCAUAUUCCAUGAGAGACGUUAAGUGGCAUACAUGGACAUGUGUACUWGGUUUUCCCGCAUGUGGUAUUUGGCCGGAAGGUGCUGAUGGUACCGACAUCAAUGCUUGCUGUAGGUCUGAAAGCUCGGAGUUCAUGGUAACAGGGGACGACUUCGGACAAGUAAAUUUCUUUCGUUAUCCUGUGACGAAAAUAAAGUCGGACUGUCAAAAUUGCUUGGGACACAGCUCUCACGUGACGUGCGUGCGUUUCACGUGCGACGACACCAGAGUAAUAUCUACGGGAGGAAAAGACUGCAGUGUGAUGCAAUGGAAAAUCAUUGGCUAACAAAAGUUAGGAUUGGAUUACCGCUGGUUUGCAAGCUUUCCGCCCUCCGUAAAUUAUUCCUGUCCKGAAGACAGAGAGAUCUUCUAAAAUCUGAUAAACAAGAAUAAUGAUUUUCCACUUUCUAAAAUCUUUGAUUAAAAAGGAAUAACUUUAAUAAAUACUUAUUUUCAUUUAGAGACACUUGUGAUGAAUAAUCUUAUGUCACUUUGAGCCAUAUGGUAUAUGAAAGCCUAUUACACAGUUUGCCCGCA